GAUGAGGAGGGAGCUUCCAUCUUCUCUCUGCUUCUUCAUCCUCUUUUAAGAGCAAUUUAGACGUAGACUUUAGAUCAGAUUCCGAACCUAAUUCAUGAUUAGCUGACUGUAGCGAGUAAAAAAGGAAGAGUCUACAAUAGUUUUGAUGCUGUUUGGUGGAUAUGAAGUGAAACGUGUAAUUAUUAUUUUUUUCCUUUUUUAUUUGGUUUUGUUGCAUUUUUUUUGCACUCUCACAGGAGGCGCUUUGCUGAUGUCUUUCUCACGCGGAUGCAUUUGAGAUGAGAGGCGAAAGGCGAAUAUUGCGCUUUUAUCUCCGAGCGAACAUCAUGCCUACACGCGUGUGUGUUUUCCCGGAGAAUGGACGCGCAUGACCGGGAUUACUAUAUCCUCACACUUUUCCCCCGAAAACCCAGCUCAACUAAACACGUUCGUCUUUACCGAUCGGGCUAAUUGGAUUUUGUGACAUCCACCUACUCAUCACAAAAUAAUAACAAACUCGUGUCCAGACCGCGCGGCCAGGAUGAACUUACAUCUUUUUUUCUUGUGAUGGUAGAGAGACGCAUUCGCGAUUUUGGCCAGAGAGACUCUUGCCUUUUAGACUAAAAGCCCGUCCUGCACACAUUAUCGGGCAAAAAAAACUGAGCAACUUCAGCGUUUUUUUUUCUUUUUUUUCUUUUUGUUUUGUUGUUUUGGGGUUUUUUUCUGUAAGAUGUCGCGCCGCAAGCAAGCGAAACCAAGAUCACUGAAAGUAGAAGACAAUGUGACAGAGGACCAGCACAGUCCCGGGCAGACUGCCAUUCCAAGCGAUCCAGAGUGCGCCCUCGAGAGGGCGGCGGAGGAUGGUGAGACCGGGCGUCUGAGGAAGACGCUGCUCUCUCCUGAGGAAGGAGAGGAGGGAGAGGAGGAGGACGAGGAGCCCGCGCUGCACAGCUGCGACAGCUGCCGGCAGGUGUUCGAGUCGCUGAGCGAUCUCACCGAACACAAGAUUAAUCAAUGCCAGCUGACAGGCAGUGCUGAUCUUGAGGACGACCCGUCAUGUUCUUGGCCGGCGUCAUCUCCCUCCAGUAAAGAUCAGACUUCCCCAGGACACUGUGAGGACUAUGAUUUUGGGGAAGAAGAAGGGGUCCCUGGCCUUCCCUACCCAUGCCAGUUCUGUGACAAGUCCUUUAGUCGCUUAAGCUUUCUCAAGCGCCACGAACAGAGCCACGGCGACAAACUCCCUUUCAGCUGUACAUUCUGCAGCCGCCUGUUUAAACACAAGCGAAGCCGAGAUCGACACGUGAAGCUUCACACCGGUGACAAGAAGUACCAUUGUGGGGAGUGUGACUCUGCCUUUUCCCGCAGUGAUCACCUCAAAAUUCACAUGAAAACUCACGCCUCCAACAAACCCCAUAAGUGCCCCGUGUGCCGUCGAGGCUUUCUCUCCUCCAGCUCUCUCCACGGUCACAUGCAAGUACAUGAAAGGGGUAAAGAUGGUAGCAGCUCGAGUUUUUCAAGAGGUGAUGAAUGGAAGCUGAAAGAAACUCGGAAAUGCAGCCGGUGUGAAGAAGGCUUUGAUAUUCCAGAGGAGCUCCAACGGCACAUCACAGAGUGCCAUCCUGAGUGCUCUCCCUCAGAGGAUGGAGGUCUGGGUGCCACCCUGCAGUGCAUCUACUGCCAUGAACCCUUCAGUGAUGAGGGCACUCUGCUGACCCACAUUGACCAGGCCCACAGCAGAGAUCGGAAGGGCCAUAUUUGCGCUAUCUGCUCCGAGCACUUUCUCUCCGUUGAGGACCUUUAUGCUCAUAUGGACAUCCACCAACUCCCUGAAUCAAGUAACCAUAGCAACAGCCCUUCUUUGCUUACUGUAGGUUACACGUCUGUCUCCAGCACCACUCCCGACUCCAACCUCUCUGUUGACAGCUCUACAAUGGUGGAGACAGCCCCACCUGUGCCCAAGACGAGAGGGAGGAGGAAGAGAGCUGCUCAGAACACAUCUGAUAUUGGUGGCCGUUCCUCAAAACAGCCCAAAGUCUCCUACAGUUGCAGCUAUUGCAAUAAGCAAGUAUUUUCCAGUUUGGCUGUGCUUCAAAUUCACCUCAGAACCAUGCAUCUGGACAGGCCAGAACAAGCUCAUACUUGCCAGUUUUGUUUGGAGGUUCUCCCUUCUCUACUAAAUCUUAACGAACAUAUUAAGCAGGUCCACAAUGCAGAAGAUCAUGCUGCCCUAUUAGCCAGACUGCCUGAUGCCCUGCUUCAAUGUAACUUUUGUCCUGAGGUGCUGGGUGAUCUAAAUGCCCUCCAGGAGCAUAUACGCUGUUCCCAUGGCUUUCCUAGUCCCGUCGCCAAGGAAAGUAAUGCUUUCUUCUGUCCCCAGUGCUUCAUGGGGUUCUUGACAGAAGCUACCUUGGAGGAGCAUGUUCGUCAGACCCACUGUGAUGGGGGAAGCCUGCGCUUUGACUCCCCCUUGGCAGUCACUCCCAAGGAACCUAUAGUAGAGGUGUACUCCUGUUCCUAUUGCACCAACUCCCCCAUAUUCAACAGUGUUCUGAAGCUUAAUAAGCACAUCAAAGAGAAUCACAAGAACAUUCCUCUGGCCCUUAACUAUAUUAACAAUGGAAAGAAAUCUCUGCGCACUCUCAGCCCCUCUUCACCUAUAUCAGUGGAACAAAAUGUCAUGCUGAAGCAAGGGAGCGCGGCCUCACGCACUACUAGCGAGUUCAUAUGCAACCAGUGUGGAGCCAAGUAUACAAGUUUAGACCUUUUCCAAACUCAUCUUAAAACUCAUCUGGAUGGUCUGCAGCCUCAGCUCACAUGUCCACAGUGCAACAAAGAGUUUCCCAACCAAGAAUCCCUGUUGAAGCAUGUUACCAUUCACUUCACUAUUACCUCCACCUAUUACAUCUGUGAGAGCUGUGAUAAGCAGUUCACCUCGGUGGAUGACCUUCAGAAGCACCUACUUGACAUGCAUACCUUUGUGUUCUUUCGCUGCACCCUGUGCCAGGAGGUGUUUGACUCAAAAGUUUCUACCCAACUCCACCUGGCUGUGAAGCAUAGCAACGAGAAGAAGGUGUAUCGCUGCACAUCCUGCAACUGGGACUUCAGGCAUGAAACCGAUCUGCAGCUGCAUGUCAAACACAGCCAUCUGGAAAACCAAGGCCGUGCCCAUCGUUGCAUUUUUUGUGGGGAGUCCUUUGGUACAGAGGUGGAACUGCAGUGCCACAUCACCACCCAUAGCAAGAAGUACAACUGUCGUUUCUGCAGUAAGGCCUUCCAUGCCAUUGUCCUUCUGGAGAAACAUUUAAGGGAGAAACACUGCGUGUUUGAGGGCAAGACCCAGAAUUGUGGUGCUAAUGGGUCUACAGUAAGCGGUGGGGAAGGCCAGCCGAAAGAGGAUGCUGAACUACAAGGUCUCUUAACUAACAGCCAUGGUGUUCCAGGAGCAGCAGGGGGGUCUGUAGUGGAGUCACAGAACAGCCAUGAUGGAAGUGAGGAGGAACUGGACACUGCAGAUCCAAUGUUUGGGUGUGACAUAUGUGGAGCAUCUUACACCAUGGAGUCUCUCCUCACCAACCACCAGUUGAGAGAUCAUAAUAUUCGUCCUGGUGAGAGUGCGAUGAUGAAGAGGAAAGCUGACAUGAUCAAAGGCAACCACAAGUGCAAUGUCUGUUCCCGUACCUUCUUCUCUGAGCCUGGGCUGAGGGAGCACAUGCAGACCCAUCUUGGGCCAGUCAAACACUACAUGUGUCCCAUAUGUGGGGAGCGCUUCCCCUCAUUGCUUACCCUGACAGAGCACAAGGUCACCCAUAGCAAGAGUUUGGACACGGGGAGCUGCCGCAUUUGCAAGAUGCCACUGCACAGUGAAGAGGACUUCCUGGAACACUGCCAGAUGCACCCCGACCUGAGGAAUUCCCUGACAGGUUUUCGGUGUGUCGUGUGCAUGCAGACUGUUACCUCCACAUUGGAGCUCAAGAUCCAUGGUACUUUCCACAUGCAAAAGACAGGCCCUAUGACCGCUGGCCAACCCAUGGGCCGCACCAAUGCCAUUUCUCAAAACCAGCAGCAACAUCAUCAUCUCCAAAAACCUUUCAAAUGUGCCUCUUGCUUAAAAGAUUUUAGGUCAAAACAAGACCUGGUGAAGCUGGACAUCAACGGACUGCCUUAUGGACUGUGUGCAUCAUGUGUGACAGCUGCUGGGUCCAAGAGCUCCAGCCCAACAGUGAAUGGAGGAAGGCAGCAGUACCCGGGGGGAGCCUCCACUCCAGCAACAUCUACCACUGCAUGGGUGCAAGGGGAGAGUCUCAGCCCUGGAGAUGGAAAAGGAAAAGCUGUUUCCUCGACAUCCUCAUCCUCUUCCACUUCUUCAUCAUCUGCAGCCAAGACACGCUGUUCCAGCUGCAAUGUGAAGUUUGAGUCUGAGGCAGAGUUGCAAACUCAUGUCCAGACGGUGCAUCGGGAGCAAUCUGGAGAUAGCAACAGCGGGCAGCUGAAGACCCCACAGGUGUCACCCAUGACCAGAGCCAGUCCCUCACAAACUGAAGAGAAGAAGACAUACCAGUGCAUCAAAUGUCAGAUGGUGUUCUACAGUGAAUGGGACAUCCAAGUGCAUGUGGCCAACCAUAUGCUGGGCUCACAAGUAUCUGGAUCACAUCACCAAAUAGAGGAAGGACUGAACCACGAAUGCAAGCUAUGUAGUCAGUCGUUCGACUCGCCGGCGAAGCUCCAAUGCCACCUGAUCGAGCACAGCUUUGAGGGCAUGGGUGGAACCUUCAAGUGUCCCGUCUGCUUCACAGUGUUCGUCCAGGCCAACAAGCUCCAGCAGCACAUCUUCUCUGCCCACGGUCAGGAGGAUAAGAUCUACGACUGCUCGCAGUGCCCGCAGAAGUUCUUCUUCCAGACAGAGUUACAGAACCACACGUUGACUCAGCACAGCAGCUAACAUGGCAGAGAUCAGCACCGUGGCUGAGAACAAGGAUCACACGACGCACAAAAUAAAGCCUGACCGCCAGUUACUGUCAGGGCAGUUUCCCACUGACUGUCUUGCACUGAACCUUCGAUUCAGUCACACCACAAGAAACCAUGCCACCUUGCCACGGCAAGAAAAAAGAAAAGCAAAGAAAACAAAAGAAAAAAGGGGGGAAAGAUCUUAAAAGAAACCUCUCUGUUCUUUACAAAUCAUUAUGUAAAAAAAUAAGGAAAAGGUCAAGUUUUUUGUACAUAGACUUCUUCAUGUGUUGCUUAACUACAGCUAUAUUGCAAUCUUAUACAGUAUUUGCCAAUGUACAUUUCAAAAUGUUUGUCUAAAAAAGAUUGGGGGGGGUGGCGGGAGAUUAAUAAUGUUGUCAGUCAAACGAGAUGGGUUUUAAGCAGUUGUGUAAAGGAGAAACGGGGUACCACUGAGAGCAUAGGAAACAGUAAGAACUGACAAGUGUUGUCAGGAGGACUCUUUUCAUCAGUGGCGCUCCUACUGUGCAGUAAGUCACUCUGUAUCCAGACAUGGUCGAUCAUUAUGGGAUAGAGAGCUUGAUUCACCAGCAUAGGCAAAAAUCUUGUCUGUGUGUCUAUCAUACAGUAAUAUGCCUGCCAGAGGACCAGCUGUGAACGACAGCACAACAAAUCUGCACCGCCUGUGCUGGAGUUCAUAUGAGAGGUGGGGGGAAGAAAAAAAAAAACACACGGAGAAGAGAAAAACAGGACAGAGGACAGGAUGCUGAUAUAUGCAAACGCAGUGACACAGAUUUGGAAAAGGCUAGUUCCUCUGGUUGGCUCGUGAACAGAGGCGUGAAGCUCCCAUGUGGCUCUCAGAGCGUGGGGAAAUCUCCAGCCCACUGAUUCAACCUGUACAUUUCUGUUAUUAAUGUUUACUGUGCAUUGAAGCCCAGAGAUUACUGGAAUUUUUUUUUUUCCUUUUUUUUAUGUUUUGUUAUCUCUACUUAUUUUUCCACAAGGACACAAAUCCAUUUGAAUUUGGGCUCAUGAAGACUUAACGGAUUUUUUUUUUUUUUUGUUGUCCAUCUUGGGCAUCUAAUGUAGUUGUAAAACUCGUCCCUGGCUCUCCUGGGGAGUGCCCUCCUACUCAUCUUGUUUUUAUUUGCAGCAUCUUUUUGCCCCUCGGCUAAAGCUGGAAGCCACUGUGGCACCAUACAAAAAUUUUAAUCCAUUUUGUUAUGUAAAUGUUUUGAAGUCAUUGAACCUGAGAUGCACUUUUGUAUGAAACUUUAAUGUUUUGACAUUUUGAUUGAGAAUUGUUCGUACACAGUUUACAGGAAAUCACCAUCUCCUGCAGCAAAAGGACAGUUAUCUCCAAUGUUAUUGAAAUGUAUUGUACAAAUAUGGAGUUCUGUAUUUGGCAGACCUCGUUUUUUGUGUUGCACAUGUGAUGGAAAUAUUAAAAACUGUAUGAAGAAAUGGCUUCAGUGUCCC